AAUAAUAUCUAUUCUUACAGGUUGUGGGACGGACUAUAGACUGCAUGGCGGCCGUGAGAAUUACGAAGGAAUGGUGGAAAUCAAAUAUAAUGACACCUUUAUAACCCUGUGUGAAAAUGACAAUCUAAAUGUUAAAGAAAUAUGCAAACAAAUUAAAGAAGCCUCAGUUUACAAAGCCUUCAUUGGCAACGUAUUCGACAUCAAUUUACAUGAAACAUCCGUUUCAUGUAAUGCAACAGCUGAACUAAAAACUGUUUGUAGAGAAAACAACACGGUUAACUGUUGCAGACCUGUAGCGGUAUGUUGUGUUGAUGGUACAUCGGGUGAAGUUUGCAGCGCAAAUUGGUCAGAAAUUCAUAAUAAAACAUGUCACCAUUCUACACGUGGUAAACACUUAGAUUACAUCAGAAGUAGAUUACUAGAUGUUAGCAAGAAUUUCUCAACUCAAAAGGCAUGGACUAAAUCAGCUCUUAGGAUCAAAAGAUAUAACUGUUCAAAGACAGACAUGCCUGAAACUGAUAUUUUAAAAGGGUGUGCCAACAAAUGUUUAAACAAGCGUAAUUGGACAAGAAUUACCAUCAGUUCUAACGGCAAUUGUAGCUGCUUAGGCACACAAGAAAUCGGCCCUCAAUGUACAACAGUAGAACUUACAGUUCUGAAUACCAUACCUGUUCAAACUUCUAAAUUAGAACUAUGUAUAGCUGGAACAGUAGAGAGUGGUACUUUGACUUUCACUGCCGAGGAUUGUUCCCUGUUUCUUCAACCACUGUGUCUCAUUAACGAAAAGUCACAAGACAAUAAUUGGCCAGAUCGGAAUGAACGUCAGGACGAUUAUCAAGCUCAGUCAUCAAUAUAUAUGCCGAUAAUAACAGCUUGUGUUGUUGUAUUUGCAAUAAUCAUCACAGUCGUACUUAUCUGUAAAUUCCGAAAGUGUGGUAGUAAUGGGGACUCAUUUCGAAGUAAUUCUAUAUAUAACAGGACUUACGGUCGACAACUUAACAGACAACAAUCCAUUAACGCGGAGGAAUACGCAAUUAUUUCAGAAAUAGAACUAGAUAGUGGUACUUCCUUUUAUAAACCUUCUCUGCCUGAACGCGGUAAUAACACGAUAACUGAUAACAAAAUCGAUGCUAAAGAUAUAUCUCGCACUACCAUUAUAGCAUUAGAUGAGUACAGUACUCCGUCAGAUAUGAUUAAAAAUAAACUUGACACGUUUGAUCCCGAAUCAGAAUACACAACUACAUAUGAUGACCCUAUCAGACAUAACUUACAGAAUGCUGCUGAGUGUAAACGCAAGAGUGAAAUGAAUGACAAGAUUGGUAAUCAGGCAUUGGAAACAAAUGAGAAUGUCAAUACAGACUCUAUACAGUCGCACAGCGAUGACAAGAAUGAAUUGUCUGAUUCUUAUGAGAGUAUUGCAGGUACAUAUAAAGAUACUGAUAAAGAUGGGAAAAUUAUGGUUGACUUAAAUGAAACGGUAAAGAAAAGUGAGGAAAGUUUAAUUGAAUUAAAAGAGGAAGAAUUAUUGGAAGGUGGAUGUAACUCUUUACCAAUUAAAAACAUUGUCAAAGAGGAACACACUUUGGGAGGCACAGGAAAUUACGAGGAUACAAACAUAAUUGAUGGACAUUUUCCAGACAAACCCAAAGACAUAUUUGAUGAGCAUGUGUGUUUAAAUUGUUUAAAACCAGAACAUUUGGAAAGAUUAGGGAUAAAAAUUAUAACUGAUGAUAAUGCUUUAGGGGCGAUUGAAAAUGAUAAUGUACUCGACGAACCAGAGGAUGACAGAACACAAAAUCGCACUAAAGUGUCUGACAGUGAUGUCAGUGGUGAGACUGGAAGAGAAUGUGUUGUAUGUAAAAAUGUAUAUGAUUGUCUAGGGAAUAUAAAGAAAAAAGUUGUGACUAAAUCUGAAGGCAAUGUAUACGACCAUUUACGUAAUAUCAAGGAAAGUGCUUUAUAGAGUGAAAUAUAUUUUUCUUUUUCGAAUGAUAGAUGGACAAAUGAUUAUUUAUUGAUAAAAUGUGGCAAGACUUGUUUUUAAUGUGUAUAUGACAGAAUUGUUAUGCAAAAUUCAUAUUGAAUUCAUAUUGAAUGUUGGAUUUCUUCAUUUCAACAUUAGCUAAUUAUGUUACAAAAAUGUAUUCUCUUUGACAAUUGGGAUUCAACUGUUUUAACAUAAUGAAGAUAUGAAAGAAUAAAAAAUACACAGAAAUCCAAAAACAUUAUGUUGUGUACAAAGUUAAAUCGUAUCCUGACUGAAUGUUUUCUUUCUGUACAUCAAUAGUGAAUCGAAUUAAACUAGUACAAUAUUAAAAUAUAAAUGCAAUUUUCCUCCAUUUAACGUCACUUCAGACAGUAUUUCAUUUUUUUUGGCUAUUAUAUUUUCUUAUAAUCUGUUUUAUACAUUUUUUUGUUAUUGUAUAAAACAAAUAUAAAUAAAAUAGAAUGAUAACAAACCAUGGUACUAAGAUAGAGAAGCAUUGUUUUACAGUACAUCUCCUGCAUUGUAACACCAUUAAGGAGACAAUUUUAUUGGUUGUUGCUGACAGCUGUUGCUCUAGUCAGGUUUAAUUUAUUGUGAAGUCUUACUUUGGGGACUUCAACUUUUCUUGUAAAAAGGUAGUUGCUGUAUAGACGGCUGUUCUGCAGUGAUUACACACUGUAUUUCCUUUCAAAUUUCCUUUAUUAUUCCAUCUCGGUCAAUGUCCAUGAUUUUAAAUAACUUCCGUAUGUAAAUAGGAUACUCAUAUAAUUGAAUACAAAUAUAUUUUGUAUUUCGUAUGUAAAAAAUAAAGGCAUUGCCUUAACUCACAUUAUCAAUUAAAUGAUAAUGAUGACGAUGAUGAU